UGAGAGAGUGCAGGGUGUGUGUGUAAGAGCAGGGUGUGUGUGUCUGUGUGUGAGAGAGAGUGCAGUGUGUGUGUGUAAGUGCAGGUGGGGGGGUGUCUGUGUGUAGACGGCACUGUGUGUUUGGGCGCAGAGGGGAGCGCGUGUGCACGCCGUGAAGUGUGUCUGAUCGCGUGUGCGCCCGAGGGGAGCGGGCAGGGGUGUACCAGGGCUGCGGGUCAAUGGGAGCAGCUCUCAGGGCCACUCCCGGGAGUUCCCCGAGUUGGACCCACCGGUCCCGUUCGCUGCUCUCCGCGGCCAGGCGCGCUGAGCUCUGCGCACAGCGUCGGGCAUCAACCCAUCAGCUGCAGCGCCGUUCGGCCCCGCUCCCAUCUCACAGCCGGCUCUGUGCGCACGGCUUGUAUGAGUCCAUCAAAACAUGCUAGAACCGCUCAGGGUCCAGUGGUGGCAAAGGAGCUUCAAAGACGGAAGAGACCACCAGUCUGCCCCUGAAGGGUGGUGUUUCCCUGGCUGCUUCUGUGUGGCUUGUAGGGAGCAGCAAUGAAUUCCUCCUUCCCUUUCCCAGAGAGCCACCUCAGCCUGCAGGAGCUUUUGAAAGGGGAGAACGUGUCCCUGCCUGGAGUAUGGAAUGGGAGCCAGGAACUGGACUGGGAGGAGCUGGAAAAGAUGCUCUUCCUGUUUGCAAAGGAGCCUGUCACCAUCAGCCUGACCAUCCUGUACCUGCUCUCUUUUGUGGUGGGAUUUGUUGGGAACAUCAUGUCCAUCAAAGUGCUCACCAGGAAGCGUAGCAGUCGGAUGCCCAGUCUGAGUGCCACCAGGAGCCUCCUUAUCAACCUGGCCAUCUGCGACUUGAUGGUGGUGUGUGUCUGCAUGCCCAUUACAAUGGGGAACUUGAUAUACAAAGCCUGGGUGUACGGGGACUUCUUGUGCAGGGCUGUGCCAUUCAUCCAGGCCGUGUCUGUCUCAGCCAGUGUGCUCAGCCUCACGGUCAUUAGUGUGAACAGGUAUUACAGUGUUCACAACCCUCUGAAUGCCAGGUCCUUCUUCACCCAGAGAAAGAUCCUCAGCGCCAUCCUGGUGGUGUGGGUCCUGUCCUCUGGGAUCUGCAUGCCCCUUAUAUUCAUGAACAAAAGGGAUGAGAUUGGGGCAGUGGAGGGACUGCCAUUGGUGUUCCCAAUCUGCAGGGAAAUAUGGCCUCAAGAGAAGCUCAAGCAAGCCUACAACUUCCUGCUCUUCUGUGCCCUCUACUGCCUGCCUGUGCUAUUCAAUAUGGUCAUCUGCUUCCUGACCGUGCGAAGGCUGUGGAGCUGCACCAGCCAGUUGAAGGAGUGCAACUCACUGAACCGAUCCCUGCCAGCCUCCAGGCUGAAGAUCCGCAAGAAAGUGGCCCAGAUGGUGGUGGCCCUGGUCCUGCUGUUUGCCAUCUCCUGGCUGCCCUUCUACAUGAUGGACAUCUGGAUUGACUUCAACAUCCCCAACUCUUUGCAGGAUGUGACUCCAUCUCCCUGGGUCCUGCAACUCAGACCUUUUGCUCAGUGGCUAGGCCUCACCAACUCCAGCCUCAACCCCAUAUGCUAUUGCUUUGUUGGGAACCUCUACAGGUCAGCCAAAGAAAUGAAGAGCAAAUACCACCAGAGGAUGGUCUCCCUUUUUAACUUCUCUCUGUCUGAAGGGACUGCACCUUCUUCUGUGCCUGAGUUGCUCUCUUACAGGAACUCCAUGGACUCUGCAAGGAAAGAGUCCAGCUGCACCCUAGCAAUGGGCAAGAGGUGUCAGGGGGACUCUGACCCUAAGAACAACUGUGAAACUUCACUAAUGUCCUGCCAGCCUCUGUCUCUAAACACCAUGUCUAGUGAAAAGACUUCUCUAUAAUCUUGUUCAGGAAGAACACCUAUUAAUACAUUCAUCCUUACUAAGAGGUGUAUCAGACUACCGCUGAUGGCCAUGUAGUAGGUUUUUCUGAAUCUGAUAUUCUAAAGAGGGAGAAGAAACCUAGCAUGCCCUCUCCCCACCUCCCCCGCCCCCAAAUAAAGACAGAGGAAGGAAAGAGAGAUAAAGAGAAAAAAUGCGGAGAAAAAGAUUACUUCUAUUUUAACUGAGAUGAACUUACCAAAAAGGACAAAUUAUCUCUAUCAGAGACACCUGGACACAAGAAAUGCACAAUCCUCUCUCGCGUUAAAAGCUUUCACACUAAAUAGAUAAACUUCCAAUCAGAUGUUCUCCUCCUGCAGCUCCAUCUCUGCAGAGAUGCAGGUUUGAUACAUUAGCAAUUGUACUUUGACCGCUCGCUACUGCUUACCCUGAGCUGAUAAAGUCUGACUGGAACAAGCUUUCCUGGCUGCAAAUCACAUCAAUCGUAGUUGCAAGCAGUAAAGAAAGUCUAGAAACCAUAUAACAUAAAUAGUAUUAGCAGAGAAUUUCACACGCUGUGCCACUUGAGACGUCAUUGUCUGAUCUGUAACACACCAAGCUGUCAUACAAACAAAUGUUACUGAAGUGAGUUGUCUGUGACAUAACCAUUACAGUUCUGUAUUUGGAAAUUCAGAAGCGAUAAUGAGGCCCCAGAGCCCCUCUGAGAAGUGCAGUAGGAAAAUGGGCUCUUUUGGAUUGGGAACAUUUUCCUUUUGGUGGUUUGGAUAUAACUGGAUUUCUGUUAACACAUUUUACACUCAGAAAGUCAGCUCGCCCACCGCUCUACCUGUACAAAGCAAAGACAAUGGCAUGUGAAAAUAAAAGUAAAAGGUGUUUUAUAACAAUAAAAUCAGAACCAAACCGUAA